CUUUGGCUGUUGUGUGGAGUGAACGUUCUCAGAGCUGCGUUCACACAUAGCAGGAUCCUUUAACUCCUCUCCAAUUCCCAGAAAUCCAUCAAAUAAAUAGUGAUUAAUCAGCCACGGCCAUUGCCUGUCUGUGCUCGAGAGACUCUGGCAUUAUCUCACUUGUGUAUUGACUCUGUUGAAGUCUGGCUCCUGGAGUACACUGAGGUGGAAGACCAGGACCCUGGCACAAGACGGCGACCUGGUUACAGGGCAUCAAGGAUCAACGGGCUUUGGAAUCGUCGUCCGAAAGGCUCGUGAGAGGCGCAAAAAGAAUUAUCUGAAUUUUUGUAGCAUCUUUAAUUGUCCCGGGACGUUUCAGAAGAAUUUCUCCGAGCCGCUCCUGAAGGAAGCACUGGGGCAGAUCUUCAAGUGCUCAGCCCAAGAGGGCGGACGGUGGAUGAACCGGGCGACCAUGGAGGAGGAGAGCGCGGCCAACGACAGUGCGGCCAACGGCAGCUCGCCGGUGACCUUCCCCGGGACGGACCUGCUGCAGCGGUACAAGCCCUUCUUCAUCCUGCUGUACGGCGCGCUGGUGGCCGUGGCCUGCUUGGGCAACGCCUUCCUGAUCGGCUGCAUCGCGGCGGACAAGAAGCUCCACAACGCCACCAACUUCUUCAUCGGCAACCUGUCGGCCGCCGACCUGCUGAUGUGCCUGUGCUGUGUGCCCCUCACCCUGUCCUACGCCUUCGAGCCGCGGGGCUGGCUCUACGGCGGCUUCAUGUGCCACCUCACCUCGCUGCUGCAGUCCGCCAUCGUCUAUGUGUCGGUGCUGUCGCUGACGGCCAUCGCGGUGGACCGCUACAUGCUGGUGGCGCACCCCAUUCGGCGCAGGACCUCCCGCCGCUGGUUUGGCCUCACCACGGCCACUAUCUGGCUCGUGUCACUCUCGCUGGCCAGCCCAGCCGCCAUCCACACCACAUACCAGGAGCUCCCUGCCAUCGGCUUCAGUGCCUGUGGGGAGUCAUGGCCAGCCUCGGAGGGCCAAAAGAUAGCCUACUCGUGCACCAUUCUGCUCGUGUCCUACAUGCUCCCUCUCUCCGCUGUCAUCGUCUCGUACUGCGCCAUCACAGUCCACUUGAAGAGGCGGGGCAGUCUGGAGGAAUCGGGAAGGGAUCCCGCCCACUGGGGCAAGCGGAAAAGACGGACCUUCCUUCUCCUGGUGGUGUCGGCCCUGGUCUUCGGCAUCAGCUGGCUGCCCCUGCAGCUGCUCAACCUCAUCAUCGACCUGGACACCAAACUGACCAUCCUCAACUACCACCACAUCAAGGUCCUGCACCUGUCCUGCCACUGGCUGGCCAUGAGCUCCUCCUGCUACAACCCCUUCAUCUACGCCUCGCUCCACCGCAAGUUCCGGCUCCGCCUCCGGGACUACGUGCAGCGCAGGAGGAGGAAAGGUAGCUUCGUGUCCAACGUCCUGUCCCCUGCCGCUCCCACCAGCAGCUGACACGCGCCACCCCCCCACCCCCGGCCAACCCUGAGAUGGUCAGCUGCAGCUGAACUUUGAACCCUUCGGGGCUGAACUCUGAACUUUGAACUCCUGCCUUGAGAUCGAUAGUUGGGGCUGGAUCCUCGCACUACGGUGUCCUGCUGGGGUCAACGCACAUCCCGGGCUUGAGACUCAGUUGCAGAAACUGUAAGGUCUCUGGACGGAUCCCUCAUUGUAACACAACUCCAAUGAUCUUGCUGUAUCGACGAUGCCAAAACCAGUGGCCCAGUCAACUCCCACGGACAGAGAGCAUGUGUGGACAAACAUGUGACAGACCAAAAGAUGAUGUUUUCUGCAAUUUGGUUUUACGUUAUUUUAUUUUACAGCAAUCCCUCUAUUUAAUCCCGGCCUAAUCACAGGACAAUUUACAAUGACCAGUUAACCUACCGACCAGUACGUCUUUGGACUGUGGGAGGAAACCAGAGCACCCGGAGGAAACCCACGCGGUCACGGGGAGACCGUACAAAGUGGUCACAGGCAGCGGCGGGAAUUGUUGUGGAUGGCGAUCAAGGGUGGGGCGAUGAAGGUGAGGCAGCUGUUGCCAAGGGAAACAUUCCUAGUGUAAGAAGAGGAAACUCUGGGAAGGAAAAGCAAGAGGUCACUGGCUCGUCCACGCAUAAUAAUCACGAGAAUAGAACAGGCAGGGACUGGGCACUGAGCCUCCAGCUAGCUGGCGGAGUUAUUACCUUAGGACUGUUAUGGGCAUUGUGGACGGGCAUGGUGUAGGGUAAGGGUAGGGAGGGAGGAUUCAGAACUUUUCUAGAUUCAAAAGAUUGAAAAAAAAACGUUAUUGUCAUUCUAACCGUACAUCAGCUCUGCAGGGCAGAAUGA